AUGGCAGGUCCAAAUAAGUCUCAAAAUAAAAAAACGAAAGGUAUUGAUAGCAUAUCAAAUAAAAUUCAAAAUGAUGAAGAUGUUGUUGAAAAAUACUUGAUUUCACAGCAGAAACCCUUUUCUAUCAAUGAUAUGGUAUUAAAUUUAAAUAAUAAAUUUAAAAAGACACCUCUAUUAAAAAUUUUGGAAGAUUUACAUAAAAAGGAAAAAAUUAUAAUUGUAACAUUUGGUAAAACCUCAAUAUUUGCUUCCAAAGAUAUUGUUAAAGAAAUAUCAAUAAAACAAAGAGAUGAAGAAAUUGCUGGAAAUCAGCCUAGUAGUAAUCCUUUACUUUUAUUGGAACAGAUUUUACAAUUAAAAGAAGAACAAACUGAAAUGAACAGAGAUCUCAAACAAUUAAAUGAUUGUAUAAAUAAUGAAAAGAAGAAUCCUUCAAAUAAAGAACUCCCUACUUUAAUUAAAACUUUAGAAGGAAAAUUGGUUCAGGUGUGUGAGGCUAUAGAAGAAUUAAAAAAUCAAGAAGAUAAUAUUUAUAGGGACUCUAAAAAUAUAAGUAGUGAAUAUAACAGCGGAAACAGUAGUAAUGUCCCACAAACAAACAAAGAUUUAUUAGCGUACAUAGAAAAAAGUGAAAAAAUAUUAACAAAAGAGAUGAAAACUAGAAAACAAAUUAUAAAGAAUAUUUUGAACUUAUUGUUACAAAAUAAAAAACCUCAAGAAUUAAAGAAUAUCCUAGAUGAUAUUGGUUUUGAAGAAAUACAUUAA